UCAAUCUGCAGAUGACGAAUUAUGGCUGGCGCGAACUAGCAAUGGCGGCCGUCAGCGCCAGUAGUAUGUUAGAGUUCGUUCGCCGUAUUUUUCGCGAACGUCAAGACCAUGGCAUGCUUACCAUCAGGCAGCUCCGGACGCUAUACACUGACGAGCUCAAGGUGAAACACCUGUCAUCGGAAAACCGGGAAGUUUUUGCAUCAAUAGUCACAACUGUGUUUAAGGAGUUUGAAGAGGCAGACUGCAGAGAGAAGUCAUUGCAGGACAGCAAGUCGAGUACUGACGAGACCCCAGCAGAAGCGGGGGCCACCAGUCCGUUGCGCACAAUACUGCCUCAAAACGGCAACUGCUAUGUGGACUCUGAAUCGCCGAUAAAGUGCCCCAACAUCAAGAAUGUUCAGCGGGUGGUUGACUCAAGCAGUGACUCUGACGACGACGAUGUGAUUCGGGCCGUGAAAGAGACGCUAGGUGUGCGGACACGUCGGCGAACUCAGCCGAAACCGGCUCCCGUGCCUAGUGUUUCUCUUGUCGCCGCUGUCAACAGCACGUCAUCCAUAAUAGGUGCCAAUGCAUCGAUAGCCAUUUCAUCAGAUUCAUCGCACAUUUCCCCAAAGGUUCCUUCUCCAAGUGCUUCUCCUGGUACUUCGUCAAGUUUGUCUUCCAACCCUGUACCAAGUGUAAUAUCUGACAGCUCACCCAAGGAUUCGCCUCGUGACGAAUCCGUUAAUGCUUCCUCCAAUGCUGCGGCCAGCGCAGUGUGUUGUGCCAUUCCGACUGUGGUGUUCCCUGUGGUUUCGGGGGACAAGGCCGAAGCGCCAUGCGGAGGGGAUGCAUCGGACUCUUCGGACUCAGAAGGAAAGUUGAUGAUUGCCGAGUCCCCCAUGUCUGCAGAGUCUCCGCGGAGGCCUUCGUCUGAUGGCGAAGGCAGUGCUAGGGUUGGAGAACAUGCCGUAGUAGAACCCAGGAGGCCUCCCCUACCCGAAAGUAAGAAAACGAAAACUGUCGCCAACAGUCCGAGUGAAGAGCCUAAGACCCCAACCCAAGAGAGCAAUGGCAAAGAACAUAAAAGCAUGGACGACAUGCCUUUGUUCACUCUGAAGCUCACAAAAACCAAGACAGGCAACUGGAUCAUGGUGAAGCCCAAGAGCGAGGAGUCAGAUGCAGGAGAGGAGAUGUCUCCCCAGAAACCCAACGUCGUGCGACGAAAACGGGUUUCAACGCCACGAAAAACCAAGGCAAAGAUCCCGGAAAGUGCCCGCGGUAUCUUCGACUCCAGUGACGACGAGCCGCUGUCGGAACUGCGCAACAAGCAACCAAUGAAGAAGCCAGCCCCCGCGCAGGCCGUUGUGACGGAAAACCCCAGCAUCUCGGAGCUGGAGCAGAAGCUUACUCGGGUGCACAAGCGACGGAAGAAACCAGCUGACGGCUUUCCGCCUCCAAGUAAAAAGCGUAAGUGCACAAGGCAGGAGGCAACAGGCUCUUCUAAAAAGUGCACAAGGCGAGAUGCAACAGGCUCUUCUAAAAAGCCAGCAGCAAAGCCAGCCUCAGCAGAGAAUCCAGCCGUGGCAAAACUCAAGCGUUGCAUUAGCGCUGCAGGUCUGAGAGUCCGCUAUGUGCAAUUGCUAGAGGAAACCGAUACAGUGGAGCAGAAAGAGGCGAAGCUCAUGAAAGUGCUCAGGGACGCUGGACUUCAAGGCAAUCCAACGCUGAAGAGCUGCAGGGAGCUGAGGCAAAGGCGUGAAGAAGAGAAUGAAGUUCGAAGUCUCGACAAAAGCAACAUUGUCGAAAACUCUCAAGAUGGUGCAACGAAGCGAACGACUCGAAGUGCAGCCGUCUCCAUUGUCCCAAGUGCCACGCCCGAGAAACCCGAGGAGGCUGUCGACGAAUCAUGCAAGGUCUUCUCAAGGUUAAAAGACAUCAUUGACAGCGAGGAUAGCGAAUGAUAAGUCGAGAGGCUACCGUUCGUGUGCACGUGUACAUAGUCUCUUCCACGGAAGGCCGCACUUAUCACGGUGGCUCUUCCCAACCUUGCGUCCUGUCGAUCACUGUUGUGAGCGGUUGAUGGAGUGCAAUGAAUUCUCCCCAUUUCGUUUCAUGCCGUGUUGGGCUAACGUGACUGAGUGUUGCAAUGAUGAGGAAGUGUGGUAUGAAUGACGUGUCUGGCUAUAUCCCUCAAUCACACUUUAAAUUUUACACCCGCCACGGUGGUCUAGAGGUUAUGGUGCUCGACUGCUGACCCGAAGGUCGCAGGAUCGAAUCCCGGCGGCAGCCGCCGCAUUUCCGAUGCGGCGGCUGCCGAUGCAGCGGCCUCAGCAUUUUCGAUGUAGGCGUAUAUGUUUGAGGCCCGUGUAAUUAUGUUUAGGCGCACAUUAAAGAACCCCAGGUGGUCGAAAUUUCUGGAGCCCUCCACUAAGGCGUCCCUCAUAAUCAUAUCAUGGUUUUGGGACGUAAAACCCCAACCAUUAUGUUGUCACUUUAAUUUUACACAGUAUAUCAUCAUGGUUAAGUGCAAUAUUUUUCUGUUUCACUCAAGGUAAAUUGGAAGUGUGCAUCCUCCGCAACGUUUCCAGAGGAAAAUUUCAGAUUUUUUGUGGGAAUAGAUGGGCAAUGAUGUCUUUCCUUAGAGGCCAAUGCACUCGCUGUGGAAAGGGACAGAAUGCCGAACGGUUUCACCCUCCAGGUUGCAAAUUGAGUUAACGUUUGUUUCACCAAGGAGACUUCCAUAUUGUUGUUUGUCUCAUAGCACCACACAAGCCUUGCGCAUCUAAAUUGCAUGCCAGGCUUCCUCGUCCAUUCAGCACUCAGCAGAAGCCACUUGGCAACAGCUACGACUGACUCACCGGGGGAAAUGUCGGUGAGGCGGAGGUCUGAUCUUCCCUUCCCCCAUCGUCUGAGAUGUGUGUAUUUCCUCAAGAUUUUUUUUUUUCAACUUUUUCACAAUGUACUAUAAAGCUGUAUACAUAGUGUAUAUGGGAGUUGCAACAUCCCAGCCAUUUGGAAUGUUGUUCAGAGCAUGUGUGGAGAGAUUCUGGCUUGCCAUGUAUGUGUUUUCGUGUUUUGUCUCUUAUGAAGGAAUCUGUGU